CCGUUUGGUGAACAAUAACAGUCAAAAAUUACAUAAGCAAUGUUGAAGAUCAUACGUUUCUACGACGUUCGGGCGAGAUAUCAUCUGAACCGUAUGUACGCGCAGAAGAGAAAUAUCGGAAAUAUCGGAGCAGAUCUACAGAAAACGAUAGAGAAAAUCCCACGCAUCAGAUCGCCGAAUCAGCCGCCUCGAAUUUGGAAACAGAUCGAAAAGGUGAAUAAAGACGGGAAGUUGACAAAGUUCACAAUCCAGGAGAUUCCUGAGGACCGGUACGAGGACGUGGUUAAACACAUGUGCACAUACCUCAUACCCGAUGAACCGAUUUGCCAAUGUUUGAAUGCAAAAGACGACCCUGUAUUCGUGCAAGACAUGAGCAUGCUAUGGCGCUUAACACUUAUACAAGGCAUAUCCAUAGCCACAUUCACCGACAAUCUCAACGGUGAAAAACCUAUAAUCGCGUCUGUAAAUCUUUUGGGUAUCGACUUUAAAAAUCAGAAGAAUAGUAUGAUUCACCAGUUUAAAUCUGAGAAUUGCAGAAAGGCGAUAGAAACGACUGUUUAUUUAUCAAGGAUAGUAUACGACUAUUAUGAAAUUGACAAGUAUCUAUAUUCUGUCGGGCUUUGGGUAAACUCUGAUUAUCGAGGAUUCGGAUUAAGCAAGGAUAUGCUGGAAAUCAGGAAAUUUAUCGGACUUAUGUAUGGAGUCCCGGUAACAGCCUCGGGGUUCACAUCGAUAAUUAUGCAAAAAUCAGCGGCAAAUGCCGGCUUCGAAGAACUUCUGACGAAAAACUACUCUGACUUAGUGGACAAAGACGGACAUGAAUAUUUCCCUGGUAUUAAAGAAAAAACGUUUAAAGUCAUGAGUAAAAAAUUGAAGUAUAAUGGAGGUAAUAUGAAGAAUAUAAUAUAA